GAGUUAAAUCCCGCAAACGUUCUCAAAACAAUGAACGUGGACAUUGAGUCGAAGAAGACGAUCGUCGAACGGAAUGAUCGCGAGCACGGUGUGCAAGAAGUUCGCAUACCAGUGCCGUUUGGUGAGAUCGCUGGCAAAUGGUGGGGACCACGAAACAUUCGACCGAUCGUGUGUCUGCAUGGUUGGCAGGAUAAUGCCGGGACGUUCGACACGUUGAUCCCAUUGCUUCCAUCAAACAUCAGCUUCCUGGCACUUGAUCUUCCCGGCCACGGCUACUCGUCCCGCAUAGCGCACGGAAUGACCUACCAGCCGAUGAACAUUUUCCACAUGCUAAACUUUGUGAUUAACGAGUACGGAUGGAAGAAGAUUUCCUUCAUGAGUCACUCAAUGGGUUCGGUGUUGCAUUACGCGUAUGCAGCCGUCUUUCCAACUCGGGUGGACUUUAUAAUUUCUCUUGACGCGCUGAAGCCUCAGGUGCUCUCAGAAAAUGUGAUCGUGUCGAUGCUGAGUGAUCUUACGCCCGAAUUCGUCAAGGCAGAUUUACGAAAUCAGCUAAAGUCAGAGCCUCCGUCAUACACGUACGAGGAAGCGAUCGAUCGGUUGUAUGAAGGUACUGUAAAUUCAAUCACACGCGAAGCCUGUCCCUUUCUGCUGCAACGCAACAUUCGCAAGUCCAGCAAAUUUCCCGACAAGUACUACUUUGCCCGGGACAGCCGCCUUAAGUAUGGGGCGGGAUUCCUGUGGUCACAGGAAGUGAACAAACGAUUGGCGCAAAAUUUGACAAUGCCUUUCCUGUUCAUAAAGGCUACCGAAUCGCCCUUCUGGGAGCGGAAGCAAAACUACGAUGAAGUGAUCGAAAUUUUACAACGAAAUAAUCCCCACUUUGAGCUGCAGUAUGUCGAAGGCACACACCACGUACACUUGUCCAAUCCGGAACGGGUGGCUCCGUUUGUGAGAGACUUUUUGACUAAACACUGGCAGAAAGAUGAAGACGUUAGCAGUAGUUUGUAACGAAAAAUCCCAACCGCCAUCCACGCCAUCUUAUGUCCCCACGUUCCUUCCUUUCUGGUGCAAUGUGAUUUUUUAUAAUG